CCAACCCCAUUUUCCAAAUCCAUUUUCCCCCAAAAAAAAAAAAAAAAAACGACUAGGGCUUAAGGAAUUUUCCUUUCUGUUUUCCUAAAAAAAAAAUAAAUAAAUAAAAAUUUUGUUUCUUCCUUCGCCUUCUCAAUCUCUUCUUGUGCGCAUUUUAUGUUUUUUGUUUUGUUUUGUUUUGUUUCCACAAUUUAGGGUUAGGGUUGGGGAUUUGAAUUUUUUUUUUUUCUCGUUCUGGUUUUGGAUUCGCACAGAUAUGCGUAAUUGAAGAACGAGGAGGAGGAAGGGGGAAGAAGAAGAUCGGGUCCUCAGGUUGAAAAGAGAAAGAUGAGCGCGUCGAGGUUCAUAAAGUGCGUCACUGUUGGUGAUGGAGCUGUGGGCAAGACGUGUCUGCUAAUCUCCUACACCAGCAAUACCUUCCCCACCGAUUAUGUCCCAACUGUUUUUGACAAUUUCAGUGCAAAUGUGGUUGUCAAUGGGAGUACUGUCAACCUGGGGUUGUGGGAUACUGCCGGACAGGAGGAUUAUAAUAGGUUAAGACCAUUGAGUUAUCGAGGGGCAGAUGUUUUCAUAUUGGCAUUUUCUCUUAUUAGCAAAGCCAGCUAUGAAAAUGUUUCCAAGAAGUGGAUUCCAGAAUUGAAGCAUUAUGCACCAGGCGUCCCCAUUAUUCUUGUUGGAACAAAGCUUGAUCUUCGGGAUGAUAAGCAGUUCUUCAUAGACCAUCCUGGUGCUGUGCCAAUUACCACAGCUCAGGGAGAGGAGCUCAGGAAGCUUAUUGGAUCACCUGCUUAUAUUGAGUGCAGUUCAAAAACACAACAGAAUGUGAAGGCAGUCUUCGAUGCAGCCAUUAGGGUUGUCCUUCAACCGCCAAAGCAGAAGAAAAAGAAAAGCAAAGCACAAAAGGCCUGCUCCAUAUUGUGAUUGGAAAUAGGUGUAAAGAGACAGACAGCCCUCCCCGAUAUUGGAAUUGUUGUGAUCCCCUAUUGUUGAGAUGCAUGGUUGCCGACCUUUUCUUAACUCCCGGUUUUGAUUUGUUUUAUGUAUUAAUAGACUGGAAUAUCCCAGUUAGGAAAACAACCUUGCUUUUUAUGGACACAGUUUAUAUUUAUUACUUUGUAUUGUGCUUAAAGGCUUGGCAAUGUGCUUUGCUUUUCUUUGAUAAUUAUAUAUUUCUGAUUUGACUCA